AUGGUCACAGAUUUCUGCUCUUUAAGAUAUUCUGUAAAUUCAUCAGCUCUUUCAGUACUUGCAUUGAUUAAUGUCUUCAUACCACGUUCUACAGUAACAAUUUUACCUUCAGUUAGAAGUUUAGAACAAAUAAAACAAUAUUCUGACAUUUUUGUUAUAAAAUUUAAAACAGCACAAAAUAGGUUAAAAAAUAUAGAAAGAAACAAGAAAGAAACAAGAAAGAAACAAGAAAGAAACAAGAAAGAAACAAGAAAGAAACAAGAAAGAAACAAGAAAGAAACAAGAAAGAAACAAGAAAGAAACAAGAAAGAAACAAGAAAGAAACAAGAAAGAAACAAGAAAGAAACAAGAAAGAAACAAGAAAGAAACAAGAAAGAAACAAGAAAGAAACAAGAAAGAAACAAGAAAGAAACAAGAAAGAAACAAGAAAGAAACAAGAAAGAAACAAGAAAGAAACAAGAAAGAAACAAGAAAGAAACAAGAAAGAAACAAGAAAGAAACAAGAAAGAAACAAGAAAGAAACAAGAAAGAAACAAGAAAGAAACAAGAAAGAAACAAGAAAGAAACAAGAAAGAAACAAGAAAGAAACAAGAAAGAAACAAGAAAGAAACAAGAAAGAAACAAGAAAGAAACAAGAAAGAAACAAGAAAGAAACAAGAAAGAAACAAGAAAGAAACAAGAAAGAAACAAGAAAGAAACAAGAAAGAAACAAGAAAGAAACAAGAAAGAAACAAGAAAGAAACAAGAAAGAAACAAGAAAGAAACAAGAAAGAAACAAGAAAGAAACAAGAAAGAAACAAGAAAGAAACAAGAAAGAAACAAGAAAGAAACAAGAAAGAAACAAGAAAGAAACAAGAAAGAAACAAGAAAGAAACAAGAAAGAAACAAGAAAGAAACAAGAAAGAAACAAGAAAGAAACAAGAAAGAAACAAGAAAGAAACAAGAAAGAAACAAGAAAGAAACAAGAAAGAAACAAGAAAGAAACAAGAAAGAAACAAGAAAGAAACAAGAAAGAAACAAGAAAGAAACAAGAAAGAAACAAGAAAGAAACAAGAAAGAAACAAGAAAGAAACAAGAAAGAAACAAGAAAGAAACAAGAAAGAAACAAGAAAGAAACAAGAAAGAAACAAGAAAGAAACAAGAAAGAAACAAGAAAGAAACAAGAAAGAAACAAGAAAGAAACAAGAAAGAAACAAGAAAGAAACAAGAAAGAAACAAGAAAGAAACAAGAAAGAAACAAGAAAGAAACAAGAAAGAAACAAGAAAGAAACAAGAAAGAAACAAGAAAGAAACAAGAAAGAAACAAGAAAGAAACAAGAAAGAAACAAGAAAGAAACAAGAAAGAAACAAGAAAGAAACAAGAAAGAAACAAGAAAGAAACAAGAAAGAAACAAGAAAGAAACAAGAAAGAAACAAGAAAGAAACAAGAAAGAAACAAGAAAGAAACAAGAAAGAAACAAGAAAGAAACAAGAAAGAAACAAGAAAGAAACAAGAAAGAAACAAGAAAGAAACAAGAAAGAAACAAGAAAGAAACAAGAAAGAAACAAGAAAGAAACAAGAAAGAAACAAGAAAGAAACAAGAAAGAAACAAGAAAGAAACAAGAAAGAAACAAGAAAGAAACAAGAAAGAAACAAGAAAGAAACAAGAAAGAAACAAGAAAGAAACAAGAAAGAAACAAGAAAGAAACAAGAAAGAAACAAGAAAGAAACAAGAAAGAAACAAGAAAGAAACAAGAAAGAAACAAGAAAGAAACAAGAAAGAAACAAGAAAGAAACAAGAAAGAAACAAGAAAGAAACAAGAAAGAAACAAGAAAGAAACAAGAAAGAAACAAGAAAGAAACAAGAAAGAAACAAGAAAGAAACAAGAAAGAAACAAGAAAGAAACAAGAAAGAAACAAGAAAGAAACAAGAAAGAAACAAGAAAGAAACAAGAAAGAAACAAGAAAGAAACAAGAAAGAAACAAGAAAGAAACAAGAAAGAAACAAGAAAGAAACAAGAAAGAAACAAGAAAGAAACAAGAAAGAAACAAGAAAGAAACAAGAAAGAAACAAGAAAGAAACAAGAAAGAAACAAGAAAGAAACAAGAAAGAAACAAGAAAGAAACAAGAAAGAAACAAGAAAGAAACAAGAAAGAAACAAGAAAGAAACAAGAAAGAAACAAGAAAGAAACAAGAAAGAAACAAGAAAGAAACAAGAAAGAAACAAGAAAGAAACAAGAAAGAAACAAGAAAGAAACAAGAAAGAAACAAGAAAGAAACAAGAAAGAAACAAGAAAGAAACAAGAAAGAAACAAGAAAGAAACAAGAAAGAAACAAGAAAGAAACAAGAAAGAAACAAGAAAGAAACAAGAAAGAAACAAGAAAGAAACAAGAAAGAAACAAGAAAGAAACAAGAAAGAAACAAGAAAGAAACAAGAAAGAAACAAGAAAGAAACAAGAAAGAAACAAGAAAGAAACAAGAAAGAAACAAGAAAGAAACAAGAAAGAAACAAGAAAGAAACAAGAAAGAAACAAGAAAGAAACAAGAAAGAAACAAGAAAGAAACAAGAAAGAAACAAGAAAGAAACAAGAAAGAAACAAGAAAGAAACAAGAAAGAAACAAGAAAGAAACAAGAAAGAAACAAGAAAGAAACAAGAAAGAAACAAGAAAGAAACAAGAAAGAAACAAGAAAGAAACAAGAAAGAAACAAGAAAGAAACAAGAAAGAAACAAGAAAGAAACAAGAAAGAAACAAGAAAGAAACAAGAAAGAAACAAGAAAGAAACAAGAAAGAAACAAGAAAGAAACAAGAAAGAAACAAGAAAGAAACAAGAAAGAAACAAGAAAGAAACAAGAAAGAAACAAGAAAGAAACAAGAAAGAAACAAGAAAGAAACAAGAAAGAAACAAGAAAGAAACAAGAAAGAAACAAGAAAGAAACAAGAAAGAAACAAGAAAGAAACAAGAAAGAAACAAGAAAGAAACAAGAAAGAAACAAGAAAGAAACAAGAAAGAAACAAGAAAGAAACAAGAAAGAAACAAGAAAGAAACAAGAAAGAAACAAGAAAGAAACAAGAAAGAAACAAGAAAGAAACAAGAAAGAAACAAGAAAGAAACAAGAAAGAAACAAGAAAGAAACAAGAAAGAAACAAGAAAGAAACAAGAAAGAAACAAGAAAGAAACAAGAAAGAAACAAGAAAGAAACAAGAAAGAAACAAGAAAGAAACAAGAAAGAAACAAGAAAGAAACAAGAAAGAAACAAGAAAGAAACAAGAAAGAAACAAGAAAGAAACAAGAAAGAAACAAGAAAGAAACAAGAAAGAAACAAGAAAGAAACAAGAAAGAAACAAGAAAGAAACAAGAAAGAAACAAGAAAGAAACAAGAAAGAAACAAGAAAGAAACAAGAAAGAAACAAGAAAGAAACAAGAAAGAAACAAGAAAGAAACAAGAAAGAAACAAGAAAGAAACAAGAAAGAAACAAGAAAGAAACAAGAAAGAAACAAGAAAGAAACAAGAAAGAAACAAGAAAGAAACAAGAAAGAAACAAGAAAGAAACAAGAAAGAAACAAGAAAGAAACAAGAAAGAAACAAGAAAGAAACAAGAAAGAAACAAGAAAGAAACAAGAAAGAAACAAGAAAGAAACAAGAAAUAAACAAGAAAGAAGCAAGAAAGAAACUUAAAAUUCAAUACAUUAAAAUACAUCCACACUAA